AUGGGAUUCAACGUCUCAGAGGCUAUCUGGAGGUGGAGAUGUAAGACGUUUGGCACCGGUGAUAGACCCCCGCCUCGCGCCUCAGCCCGCAAAGCACCCGCUGGAGCCUCCAAGAGCUCCAAGGCGCCAGCUUCCGAAGAGCAAACCCAGGGAGCCGAUGCUCUCAUCAAAAUCCUCUACGAAGCCAAAGAUAGCCGCGAAGACCGCCGGACGUGGGUCGACUAUCCCCCCAAACAGCUCAGCAAGAGCGUCUCCAAAGCCCAGGGCCGAGCCGCAAUCAAGGUGUAUAAGAUAACCGACAAGGAUAAGCCGGUCAUCAGUGGUCGUCCUACGUUGAAAUACUUCAAAGUCGCCAUUCAAAGCCCUCUUCUCGUCGCUGCACUCAAAGAUAUCGUGGAAAAGGAUGAGAUAUACCUCGAACCAACCGAGGUUGCAGAGUUCACCACACCCUUUGCUCCUCUAUACUUCCACGCAGAUGAGAUCGCCGGGCUCCUGAAAGAUGCGGAGCAAGGAAGUGCCUUCCGGGAACAUCUUGAACUCCUACUGGAUCUCAUGGAUGACAUGUUCGAAGAAACGCGCAGUCGCAUCAAACCGUUACAGGCCAGCGGCCUUGCCUCCUUUAACCUACUCUGGGCAUAUUUCCCCCCAGAAUCGCCGGUUUACAUAUGGGAGGGAGAAUGCGAGUCCCUAGGCAAGAUAGUCGGUACUGAAAUCAUCAAGAAUGACCUCUGUUCAUUGAUUCAACUACGUUGCAAGAUCAUGGCUUUUGACGGCGAAACCUACGUGUGGGAAGACUAUAAGACUGAGAUCUAUUCUUUUCCUGGGAACAUUCCUAUUACGGAUCUUAAUCACUACCCGCUGAGCUUUCAUGAGAAUCCAGAGGAGGUUAAAUUGCGAUUGAUGAAAAGGGCGAAGAAGGCUCUUGACUACCAAGGGCUGACUUACUCAUCCUACACGGGAGUUGCUCUUUACAGGGUGAAAGUAACUGGUGGCAGAACAAAAAAACACAUUUCCAAAGAAGAUCAAGAGAAGAACAAGAAGGGGAUGCUGGAAUUGGGAGAGGACCUCGUUUUCAUGUCUCCUUUUCUCGAGGGAUAUGCUCUAACAAACAAAGAAUGGCUCAAUUUCUAUGUUGAAGACAUUGAGCAUGUCCAGUGGAAUGAUGAAGCAUACGACCAUCUGGUGUACGACGAGCAGCAGAAGGAUUUAAUCUUAUCCUUCGUAGAGAAUCAUUAUCAAUCGAAGAAGGUGUCGGAUGAUGUCAUAACAGGGAAAGGUCAAGGGUUAAAUAUUCUCCUAAGUGGACCACCCGGGACAGGGAAAACGCUGACGGCGGAAGCUGUUGCCGAUAGAUGUCGCAAACCACUAUUCUACCUCCAAGCUGAAGACCUAGGCAUCCAAGCCGCAGAGCUCGGCGCAAAUAUCAAGAAAGCCUUCGAGCUAGCUCUAGAAUGGAAUGCCGUCAUCCUCCUCGACGAAGCCGAUGUCUUCAUGGCUGAGCGCAACCCGAACGACAUCCACCGUAAUGAACUAGUCUCGAUCUUCCUACGAGAACUUGAGUACUACCGUGGAGUCAUCUUCUUAACCACCAACCUCUACGACACCAUCGACACGGCGUUUAGAUCCCGCAUCAAUCUCCAUCUACUGUUCAAAACACUAUCGCCAAGCGCCAGGAUGCUGGUAUGGAGGAAGUUCUUGGAACGGCUGCCACCUAUGCCCGCAACGGCAGGACGAAAGGAAGAGAAGAGCGCGCUGCAGGACCUGGACGAGGACGACUUCAAGGAGCUUUCUAUGUGGCAGCUGAACGGACGAGAGAUCAAGAAUGCAGUCAAGAUGGUGAAGUCAUGGUGUGAUCAAAAGGGUUAUGACAUGACCCUGUCCCGCAUGGAGAGUGGGAUCAAAGUGUCGGCCCCUCAGGCCAUGAAGCGCGACUACACCAAGCCCGUGGACUUCAAGAUAGAGGCCGGCUGGGCUUCCAUGGUCUCGACAUAUUCGCCCACGACGAUAGAAUUCGUUGGAACUUGUCUCGUCCAGCUCAUCGCCUUCUGGAUCCCGUCAGCAAUCUAUCUCAGUCUCGAGAAAAUUGCGCCUGCGUUCUCAGAGCGACAUAAAAUCCAGCCAGCUCCGAAACAGCCGACUGUCAAGGAAAUAACACACUGCUUCUUCUACGUGCUCAAGAACCAGCUGCUGUCUACAUCACUACACAUCCUACUGCUCACGCUUAUUCAUAAAAACAUCAUCCCGCCGUCCUACCAGGUCCUACCGACACUGCCGCCACUGGCGAUUCUGGCGCGAGACUUCGUCCUCUCCAUCCUACUCCGCGAGGCCCUCUUCUACUACGCCCAUCGCCUCCUCCAUUAUCCAUACCUCUACGUCCGCAUUCACAAGCGUCAUCACAAAUUCACAGCGCCCGUGGCCCUAUCGGCGCAAUAUGCCCAUCCACUCGAGCAGAUAGGUGCAAACGUCCUGCCGAUAACCCUUCCGCCACAGCUAUUGAAGAGCCAUAUCAUCACUUUUUGGAUCUUCAUGGGCUACGAGCUGUUUAAUACAGCAACUGUGCAUAGCGGAUAUGACUUCUUGGGAGGGAAAGCAAAGAUGCAUGAUUUGCAUCAUGAAAAGUUCAAUAUGAACUAUGGCUCUAUUGGGUUUCUGGACUGGUUCCAUGGGACGGAUAAGCUGAAGAGCAGGGAGAAGAAGAGCAAUUAG